AUGGCCAUUCUUCCCAGGCCUUUAGGUGUUGUGGCUGUUGCUGCUCUCGUUUUUGCUAUUGCCAUCUCUGCUGUUCAGGCAACACCUCUGCCACCGGGUCCCGCCCCAGCUCCCAGUCACAGCGGCACCGAUGGGACAACCCUUGACCAAGGGAUUGCGUGCGUGCUAAUGUUGCUGGCCCUCGUGCUCACAUACCUCAUCCACAGUCCCGAUGUUCCCGUAUUCUAA